AUGCCAUCGUCCUCCACCACGUCCAGCAGAAGCGUCCUAUCGCGAGCUGGGGACCGGGUGCGCGUGCCUGCGCUGCUGCAACCUGCUGCGAAAGCCUACGCUCUCGGCUACCUCCUAGACGUCUUGCCAGCGAUUCUCAAGCUUUUGAUCCGGUACGUCGCCUCUCAGUCUCGACGCAUCGCUGCUGUUCAGAAGAGGCAGCGCGAGGAACGGGCGGUAGCGAGGAGUCGUGCGAACGAAAGCAAGGGAAUCAAGCUGGGAGAUGAGAAGCAGGCUCCAUUGCCGACGACCUUGGCAGAAGAUGCCAUCAAGCCUGCAAUCGCCGAGCUUCCGCUCUUCGCCGCACGCAUCGUUCGAGCUCUGAUUAGAGCUUUGGGUCCUCAUGGCAUGGCUGCUGCAUCAGCCAUCGCUCUGGCGGGCACUUCUACUCUAGAGCGGGUCAUCCUAACGACCUUCAAUGCUCGCAGCUCGAGCGCUUCGGGUGUGGAAGAGCUGGCUCGUCGAACGGCCCAGUUGAAGCUUUCAGCUACAUUCUUGGCCGCGACUGUGUCCAGUGGUGCCGCACUCCUGCUCCUCCAAAGUGCACCAGUAUCGUCGCGGCUCUCGCAGAAGGUUCCCGCUCCGGACGAGGAAGCAGCAGAGCGAGCUGCCGAGGCAAUCGCUGCCGGCUUGCAAGCUCCACAGACCAACUCAGGACCUCCGAGCUCAUCUCAGCCAAAGAGAAGCGCUACUGUGCAGCUACCCACACCCUUUGCACCUGGCGGACAUUUCUUAGCUCGCCUGACCAGUCUUUCUGUAUCGGCUUCUCCCGGCGCACCCGGCUCAAGAACGGAGGGGGCUCGGUCACCUAUCACGUCGCCGACUACAGAGAAGAGCUCCAUCGGCAGCGGGCCUGAGCCUUCUCACAGCCGUGAGGGAUCCGCAGCAUCUCUCAAUGCGAGAAUUUCCCAGAUCAACGGAGGGCCAGGACACCACAAGACCCCUUCUAUCUCGGUCUCUGAAGCUGAAGGAGUCCAGAGCAAGCCUCGAGAUAGGAUUCCGAAAGCACUUGGCAAGCCCAGCCCGACCAUCGACCUCACACUCUUUGCACUCGUGCGCGCUAUGGACACAUUUGCGCGUUCUGGGGCUUUCAUGGGGAGUGUCUUUGGUUCGGCACGCUCAGCGGCGGCCGCAAGUCCAGCUUUGGCUUCUAUGGCGUUCGGUCCCAAAGCAGGGGCCGUACCAUCUAGAGCAGCCACGAAGCAAGGCAUCGUUCGGACCAUUGGUAGCUGGACGACCAGUCAGGCUGAAGGUCUGACGUUCGUCGUUUCGUGCGCUGUCAUCAUGUGGAGCUGGUUCUAUGCACCAGAACGGCUACCGCCUACUUACGUCAAGUGGAUAACGAAUCUUGCGACUAUGGACGAGAGGCUCCUCUUCGCUCUCAGAUCCCGUCACAAGAGCAACCCAUAUCGGUGGGACUAUCAGGACACGCGUUGUCCGCCCCAAGCAAUCGACUUGUGUGGUUCUCUGGCAGAGUCACUCGGUCACCCUUACGAGUGGGGAGACCCAUCAAGACUGCCAGCAACAAAGCAGCAAGCACAACAAAUGCUGCUCAAAGCGCGCGCAGAAGCUGCAGCAGCCAGGCGGGAAGGGCGAGCGCCGGCGAUCCAGCCGCAUCGGGAGGGCAAGGAGCCAGGCUACAUCAUGAAUGGCUGCAGCGGCCCUAGAGGCCGGGGAAAGAUGGCGGGAAUGCCCUGCGAGAUUGUUCACUGCGGUGUGGGAGGCGGAAAUUGCUGGGCGAACGCUGCGAUACGCUGGCUCAGAGCUUGGAAAGUCUGCAUGGGCAUCUACUUUCCCGUACAUCUGCUUCCGCGUUUGCUGUUCGGUUUCAAAGGCUUUGCCAAACAACCGCUGCCAGUGCUUUUAAAGGUGCUUAAGGGCAGCGCAAGGAGCGCCAGCUUCUUGUCCACCUUCAUCGCUAGCAUUUGGUUCAUGGUGUGCCUAGGAAGAUCCAUCUUGUUCCCGAAGCUGUUCCCUCAUGUCUCGCAUUCCUUCUGGGACGCAGGCUUUGGUCCGCUCCUCGGAAGCCUGACUUGCGGCUGGAGCGUCUUCAUCGAAGAGAAGCGCAAGCGGGCAGAAAUGGCUUUGUACGUCGCUCCGCGCGCCCUCUUUGCCUGUGCCGAGAUCGCAAAGCCUGGGUGGGUCAGCAGCGGUGCGAGGGGAGCCCUCUGGACAGAAAGGAUUUUGUUCGGCCUCAGCCUCGGGGUCAUUACAUCGGCGGCUAGACAUAGACCAGAUUUGCUUCGCGGCAUCACCAGCACGAUGGCGUGGGUCGUCAAGACUUCGGCAACAACUCGAUCACCAGGUCAAAUGCCAGAAGGGCUCAAGCCCUCCAGAUGA